GCGUAACGUACUUGCGCGCCACGGCAAAAAAGUGUAUUAUUCCCAUUUUCAUUACAAGGCCUAUUGUAUUUUUUACUCUGGAUAUUAAUAAAUCUACCAUCUGACCACUAAUAGUCAUGCGAGAAACGUCUUGUUCAAAACAUGGAGAAAUCUGCUGUUCUAAAUGUUUACGAGGCGCGCGUAAUCAGCCAUUUGGCGAAGGGUACAGCAGGUACUAAGCUGUUGUUUAAGUUGCUUAAGCCCUAUAUAUAGCAUUCUGCAAAGAGAGGACACAAUGUGACAUUCUUGAUUUUGUAGUCGAGAGAUGAGGGAUCAAGUCACAUCUGAUCGAGUGAAUUAUGGCGCUGUCUUCGCGCUGGCCGCAAUCAGCUUCAUGCUGCUGCGGAAAUGGAUAGCUGGUGGUGUCUGUAAAAGCCGUGCUUCUCUAGAUGGAAAGACAGUUGUGAUUACCGGUGCUAACACUGGGAUUGGCAUGGAAACUGCAAAAGAUAUGGCUCGUAGAGGGGCUCGGGUAGUGAUGGCUUGCCGGGACCUGACUCGUGCUGAGAAUGCUGCGGAGUAUAUUCGACGCUCCACAGGAAAUGGCAAUGUAGUCAUCAGACACUUAAAUCUGGCCUCUCUAUAUUCUGUCCGAGAAUUUGCCAAAGAGUUCAUAGCAACAGAAGAACGACUGGAUAUACUUAUAAACAAUGCAGGUGUUAUGAUGUGUCCAAAGUUGAUCACAGAGGAUGGCUUUGAGACACAGUUGGCUGUCAAUCACUUGGGACACUUUCUUCUGACUAAUCUACUGUUAGGAAUGCUAAAGAGAUCCUCCCCCAGCCGUGUAGUUAAUUUGUCCAGUAUUGCACAUGUUGGUGGAAAGAUUGAAUUUGAUGACCUGUUCUUUGACAAAAGGCCUUACAGUCCUUUGCUCAGCUACAAACAGAGUAAGCUGGCCAGUGUGCUUUUCUCUAGAGAGCUUGCACGAAGAAUGAAAGGUACAGGAGUCUCCUCGUACUGCCUGCAUCCAGGAGUGAUUCGAACAGAGCUGAUUAGGCAUAUUCUGGUACGGUACCCAGUGCUGAAGAUUAUACUGUCUUUGCCCUGUAUACUGCUGAUGAAAACUCCCUGGCAGGGUGCACAGACCUCUAUCUACUGCGCUGUCACAGAGGGCUUAGAGAGCAAGUCUGGCUGCUACUUCAGUGAUUGUGCUGAAAAAGACCCUGCACCAGAAGGAAAAGAUGAUGAAGUGGCAAGAAGGCUGUGGGAGGAAAGUGCUCGGCUGGUUGGACUAAACAUCUGCCACUGAUACGUCAUACUACUACACUCUUCCUGACUGUCACCCUAAACUCUGACCAGCGAGGUGGUCAUGAAAGAAAUAGUUUCAAGGCAAAUUACAUGAUUUGCAUCAGAAGAUGCAUUUAUUUAUCAGCCUUUUUUUUUUGUUUAGUUUUUUUUGUUUGUAUUUUUGGAAAAGGAUAAUUAAGAAAAAGUCUCAGAGAAUAUAGCUGCCUUGCUGUU